GGGGUGGGGUGCGGCACUAACCGCCACCGCAUCCAUUUUGUGCUUCCUGGAAGGAAGCCGAGGUUGAGGCGAGAUCGGGGCCGGAACCGGGAACCCCGAGCCUACGGCGUGACCGGCCCUUUCCCGCCUCCCUGCGGGCGGGGCGGGGCGGCCCACCGGGCUCCGGUGUCAGGGAGGGUGGCCGCCGCCCCGGGCCCGUCCCCGUCUUCCCUCUCGUUCGCCCGCGCGUCCUCCCCCGCCUCCUCCCUCGGCCCGCCCUUUCCUCCUCCCGUUGCCGCCUUCUCCCCCCUUCCCCCUCCCCGCGUCUUCAAUUCUGCUCCUCUAGCAUUUGUUCGGGCCCCAGGCUUGGAUACAAAGGCGGUCCUGCUCUCGUGAAGCUUCCCUUCUUCCCAUCCGACGCUUCCCUCCCUCCCCCCCAGCUACGUUCUCUUUUUCCCCGCAUUUGCUUUUCGAGGGAGGGGGCAGCCAGUCUGGUAGGUCCCGGGAGAUUACGAAAGAUAAAGGCGGGGCCUAGGAUGUCGGGGGUUUCCCCGACUGGGCCCCCCUGAAGUCCUGGAGCUGUCUGGAUGACCCCCGCCCCCAUCACUCCCUUCCUCCAGCCGCUCCUCCCUAGACUUUCGAGGACUCUUAACUGAUCUGAGUUUAUUGUCUCCUGCCCCCACCUUUGGAGCUGCUUCUCCCUCUCCCCGAAGCCCUGCUGCUGCCGCCACCACCCCCACUCCUACCCGCAACCUGUCCACUAUGGAGAAGACCGAGAUGAUCCAGAAGGCCAAGCUGGCUGAGCAGGCCGAGCGCUAUGAUGACAUGGCCACCUGCAUGAAGGCGGUGACCGAGCAGGGGGCCGAGCUCUCCAACGAGGAGCGCAACCUGCUCUCGGUGGCCUACAAGAACGUAGUCGGGGGGCGAAGGUCAGCUUGGAGGGUCAUUUCCAGCAUUGAGCAGAAAACCGACACCAGUGACAAGAAGAUGCAGCUGGUCAAGGACUACCGGGAGAAAGUGGAGUGUGAACUAAGAUCCAUCUGCACCACUGUUCUGGAAUUGUUGGACAAGUUUUUAAUAGCCAAUGCGACCAAUCCAGAGAGCAAAGUCUUCUAUCUGAAAAUGAAGGGAGACUACUUCCGGUACCUUGCUGAAGUUGCCUGUGGUGAUGACCGAAAACAAACAAUAGAUAAUUCCCAAGGAGCUUAUCAAGAAGCAUUUGACAUCAGCAAGAAAGAGAUGCAACCUACACAUCCAAUUCGCCUGGGGCUAGCUCUUAACUUUUCUGUAUUUUAUUAUGAGAUCCUUAAUAACCCGGAGCUCGCCUGCACACUGGCUAAAACGGCUUUUGAUGAGGCCAUUGCAGAACUUGAUACACUGAAUGAAGACUCAUACAAAGACAGUACCCUUAUCAUGCAGUUGCUUAGAGACAACCUAACAUUAUGGACAUCAGACAGUGCAGGAGAAGAAUGUGAUGCUGCAGAAGGUGCAGAAAAUUAAAAUUCAUACAGGGUGUCAUCUUCCUUUCUCUCAAGAAACCUUUUUACACGUCUCCAUUCCUUAUAGCUCCACUUGGAUUUCCUAUAGCAAAAGAGAACCCAUCCGUGUGUAUGGAAAUCAAUCGUUUAUAGUCUUUUCACACUGCAGCUUUGGGAAAACUCCAUUCCUUGAUUUGUGUUUGUCCUGGCCUUCCUGGUGUGCGGUUACUGCUGUAGAAAAGUAUUAAUAGCUUCAUUUCAUAUAAACAUAAGUAACUUCCAAACACUUAUGUAGAGGACAAAAGUGUAUCUGGUAUUUAAAAAUCUGAACCAGUUCUGCAAGUGACUGUGUUUUGUAUUACAGUGAAGAUAUGAAAAUGUAGUUAAAUGCAACUCAAGUGUUUUACAUAGCUUCUCUCCCCCAUAUUCCUACCAUAUUUUUUAAGGUUUUCCUUUCAGCAAACAACUUUCACAUGCUCUUCUUAUUAUAUAUUCCUUUAAAGAGGAAUCUGGAAGUAUUGGGUCAAAUGGAAACGGGUUUGGCAUUUUAGGGUUAGGGAUCAUGAACUGAAAUCUGCCUACUGUAAAAUAAGUUAUGGAGUCCACAGUAUGUCUGUGACAGCAGGAGAUUUUCUUACUCUUCAGUUGCUGCUGUUUCGUUUGACAAUUUCCCUCUCAAUAAAAGUUCACUCACACUCCUGCCUUUAUAGUUCUGGUGUCCACUUUACUAUGUAAUAGAAGUAGCAUGUAACUACCAGAAUACAAAUGUUACUUUUUGGCAAAUUAAAGUGCAUGUCAUUUCUUAAUACACUAGAAUGGGGGAAACCAUUGGAAAUACACGAGUCCAGGCCUAACAUUUUUAGUACUUUUCCAUGCAGAUUUGUGCACAUGUGAGAGGGUGUCACGUUUGUCCAGUGAUCGUUACUUAGAAAGUUUGGACCACUAUUGUGUGUUGCUAAUCAUUGAUUGUAGUCCCAAAAAAGCCUUGUGAAAAUGUUAUGCCCUAUGUAACAGCAAAGUAACAUAAAAUAAAAUUACAUUUUAUAAACCA